CAUAUGAUUGUCAAUUCAGUUGGAACAAUGUAGAAGAUACACCCUCCUUGCAUUAGCAAAUCCCACAAUUUGGCAAAUUAUGAAAUUUCUCAUAAAUUCAUUCAAAAUCAUUGUAUUGAUAACAGUAUCUCUUAAUGUAAGUGGAAAAGUAGAGCAUCAAAAACAAGAACGAGUUGACAAAGCUGUGUGCGUCCUCUCGAGUCCCUUCACCAAUAUCAACGGAAUUGUAACCUUCGAUAAAGAUGAAAAAGGGGUCUUGGUUAGCGGGAAGAUAACCGGACUAACUCCAGGACCUCACGCUCUACACAUUCACGAAAGAGGAGACAUACGAGAUCCGAAGUGCUCAACGGUUGGAGAACACUUCAAUCCUUUCAGUAAACAGCAUGGAGCAAGGGAAGACAAUGCAAGACAUGUGGGUGAUUUGGGUAAUAUAAAUGCCGACCAUACAGGUACUGCGUUAUUUUCGUUCAAUGACAAAAUUUUGGUCCUGGAAGGACCGAACUCCAUCAUUGGAAGAUCCCUAGUGAUUCACGCCAAUAUAGAUGAUCUUGGCAGAACACAAGAUUUGAACUCCAAACUGACAGGAGCUGCAGGUGAACGACUUAUUUGUGGUGUGAUCGGAUACGGUUGAGCAGGGUUUUCCAUAAUGUCCUUGACAUAUGAUCGAGAAAUAAAUUUCAUAUUUUAUAACAUA